AUGUCUUAUGGUGUCGCCUUUAGUGAUCCUGGGGCCGAUUGUCCCAAUGAGUAUUGGUUUGACGGAAGCGUGGAUAUUCAGUUGGCAGCCAAUGCGUUGGAGCGGCCGAUUGCUUGCUAUACGUCUGGUCCAUGGGCGAAAUAUCAUCCGCCAUCGCUGACAUUGCCACACUCUCGCCAUAAGCAGCAUUGGAACGAGAUCAACCCAGGUCACGAUCACAAAACGUUUUGGAGUGAUAUCGGAGGCGAUCAUCAUGGUACCUAA